CUCCAAAGGAGACUCCACGUAUUCCUUCUAAACCUAAAACUUCACCCAAACCUCAUAUCCCACAAGUGAAAGAUGUCCUGGAAUCUAGAACACUUAGAACUGAUCAAGUAAAACCAACAAUAGUUCCAAAAGAAACACAGCGUGUCCCCUCCAAACCUAGAACAUCACCAAGCUCAGAGGUGCCACAAACCAAACCUGCUCCUAAAGAUACACGUCAUGGGCCUUCCAAACCUAAAACAUCACCCAGUCCACGUGUUCCUCCAACUAGAGCAAGUCCAAAAGAAAGUCGGCGAGUCCCUUCCAAGCCUAGAGCAUCACCAAUUCCAGAUGUACCACACACAAAACCUGUUUUGGCACCUACUACAUUUACAGUUGAACAACCAAAGACAGCAACAGAAAUCAUUCCAGCCUUCCAUGAACCAGAUACCACUAUGAUUCCUCAUAUUGCUGAAAGAACAAAGGCAACAUUGGCUCCAAUUGAAAAACAGUUCAUUCAUACCAAACCAAAAACAUCUGAAAAACCAAGAGUGCCACACACCAAACCUGCAAUACAUCAGACAACUCCACAACCAAUUAUUACAAAAUCUUCUACUACCACUGAGCAUUCAAGGGCAACAAUGGCUCCAAAAGAAACACUGUUUAUUCCUUCCAAACCCAAAACAUCUGUGGGGCCAGAAGUAUCACAGACUAAACCUGUUCCCAAUGAAACGUACCAAAUUUCCCCCAAGCCCAAAACUGCCCUAGCAACUGAAAUUCCACGGUUCAAUACAGAUGAUGUAUAUACGCCUGAGGAUAUUGCCAGACAAAUUGGCAUGGAUGUGGAAAAACCUUUGGAAUAUAGUGAUACCUGGGAAAAGCCAAUUUCUGCAACUACAUCACCUGGCCCUCAGCAUCCUCCUAUACCUCCUGUCAAGCCUACACAAAUGCGAAGAAAACCUCUGCCUCCAAACACUGUGACUGGUAAACCAGGGAGUCCAGCUAAAUCCGCUGGACCAACAACACCUGUGAGGACAGGAACAUCAUAUAAGACACCAACAGCUUUUGCAACUCCAGAGUAUUAUGUUGAUGCAACUGUCUUCAGCUCAAGUCCUACAUCAGAAACAGAUUCUUCAGGCAAACCAAGGUACCAAGCCCCUCAUGUCAAAUACAUGAAGAAAGAUGAUGAUGUGCCUUGCUCAAUCACAAGCUCUCUUGAACAUUUUCCUCAAGAAGAAGGUGGCAGCAAGGAAGAACCUACUCGUCCUCCACAAAAUCCUCCAACUAACCUCACAGUGGUGACUGUUGAGGGCUGUCCAACUUUCGUCAUAUUGGACUGGGAAAAACCAGACAAUGACACUGUUACUGAGUAUGAGGUUGUGUCAACUGAAAAUGGAGCAAGUGAUGGUGAAAAAGAGAAAUCGAUUAUCACUACAAAUCAAACCCAUUCUACUGUGGAAAACCUAAAACCUGACACAAGUUAUGAAUUCCAUGUGAAGCCUAGAAACCCUCUUGGUGAAGGUCCAAGUAGCAAUGUUGUGGCAUUCAGUACUGAAUCAGCGGACCCAAGAGUGAGCGAGCCAAUUUCAAUGGGAAAGGAUGCUAUCUGGACUGAAAUCCCAUUCAACUCGGACACCUAUUCAGAAUGCAAAGGGAAACAAUAUGUAAAGAGGACCUGGUAUAAGAAGUUUGUAGGUGUGCAGCUGUGUAAUUCUUUGAGAUACAAGAUAUACCUCAGUGAUUCACUUACAGGAAAAUUUUAUAACAUAGGAGACCAGAGGGGCCAUGGAGAAGAUCACUGCCAAUUUGUAGACUCCUUCUUAGAUGGAAGGACAGGACAGCAGGAAGAUCUACCAGUCAAAGAUGGAUUUUUCAGGGCAGUUCGUCAGGAACCUGUCAAAUUUGGAAAAAUAGGCGGGGAGACUCACAUUAACUAUGUUCGCUGGUACGAGUGUGGAACAUCGAUACCUGGGAAGUGGUAGAUGCGACGUGAACUUGAUGGAAAGGCCCAGCACUUACCACCCCACCCGACUGCCCAACGCAGGCUCAGAGAUGGAAAUGUUUAUGGUAUGCCUGGCACUUAAGUAAGUUUGCUGAUGUGCAAGGGUUUAUACAAGUCUAAUGCCAAUACUGCAUUAAUUGUGUAAUAGCGUAAUAGGCUGCUUACUGUAGUUAUCCAGUUUUACAAAUUUGUUUUUAGAUUUAAAAAAAAAAUAAAAAAAUCCCAAACAGGCUAAACGAUAUGUUGUAGGCUAAUGUAUAGGGAAGCUGGCUCCCUAUUCUCGAGGUAUGGUUUAUAUGGUAUUUUAAAAGACACGGUGUGUAUAUUAUUUAUCUCAAUGGUGUAAUAAA